AUGAGGGACAUCGAGGUAACUCCUACAUCUUCCACUGAUAUCCGACAUAUAGAGGUUGAGUACACUCAGGAGGAGGCAUCCCCGGAGGUAGACGUUGAUUCUAUAUCUGCAGAGGCAUCUUUGCCUACUCCGGCCUUCAGGAUCACUCAAGCCAUGAUCCUAAAGAUGGGGUACUUAGCCCAUUCUAUGGAUGUGAGGGCUACCCAAGUAGGGGCUGAUGCACCAUGGAUGAUUGAAAGUGCUAUCCUAGCUACACUUACACCCCUCCGAGAAUCUAUUGGCACUCUCACUGGGAGAGUAGAGAUUUGUGAGAGUCGACAAGGGGCCACUUUAAAGCUGACGGCAUUGGAAGCCGAUGUUGCAGAUCUAAGGAAGGAUCUGAACUACUUGAAGUCCAUUAAAUUAACUUCAAUGUUUGAGGCAGCAGAUGAUAUAGAUGAUGUGGCAGUUGAUGAAUCAGAGGUUGGGACUGACGAGAAGCAGAUUGAAGUGCCAGAGGAGACCAUCUAUGGAUACCUGCCUGAUCUGGAGGAGGCAAUUGUACAGUCGGUGAUUCAGACAUCGCUAAUAGAAACGUCCAUGGCAAGCCCUAGUGGAUCGAGUGUUACUAAUGCUACACCGAGCACUGAUGCCCCGACAGAUGGAGCGACUGUGUAG